CCUGUUUGCAGGCGGGGAUAAUUAUAUCUUUAUAUUAAUGUUUUAAAACAAACAAACAUUCUGUAGUGAGGACUUGCUCGUGUGUAUUUCCCUGUAUUCUACUCGUGCCUUUAGCCUUUGUGCCCCACCCCCAUUACCCCACCCGUGGAGCAGUGCUGACUUUCUUACUUUGUGUUCUACACCAUCUCACGGUUUGUUGAAUGGUGUUGGCUCCUUGAAAAUAUUUCUCAUCCUCCCUGGAGGCUCAGUACAGCAUUUACAGUUCUCUAGAUUAUAUUUUUCCUUUCAGCACAGUUGGUGAGCAAUAUUGACAGUUUGAAGAGGUGCCAGUAUGUCUGAAGUCGAAGCAGCCUCCGACCAGCUCAAUGAAGUGAAACUCGAUGACGUCUGUGACACAGAAAAUAUAGAAAGUCCCCCCAGUAACAGUCCUGAGCAUCUUUGUGUUACUAUUGGAGCCACUGUGCCAACUGGCUUUGAGCAGACAGCUGCAGAUGAAGUAAGGGAGAAACUAGGCUCACAGUCCAGAAUCAGCAAAGACAGGGGCAAGAUAUACUUUGACAUUUCAGUGGAGAGUCUGUCUAAGGUUCAUGGUCUAAGAUCAGUUGAUAAUUUAUUUGUUGUUGUUCAGGAAUUUAGAGAUUACCAGUUCAAAGAAACCAAGGAAGAUGUUCUAAAAGAUUUUGAAGAUUUGGCUGGCAAGCUUCCUUGGUCAGACCCUUUAAAAGUAUGGAAAAUCAAUACCAGCUUUAAGAAAAAAAAGACAAAACGCAAAAAAUUAACCCAGCAAAAUACCAUAAGCAAAGAAAAGGUGGAUGAUGAACAAGGAGACCCAAGAGCUGAGAAGAAUGUUGAGGAACAGGUCACCAAUUAUACUGUGGAGGAGGUGUUAGAAACUAUUGAAAAUCAAGAUGGCAUCAUUGGUGAAACCCCCAUAUUAGCUUUCAGUAAAAUAGUAUCAGAAAUACCAUCUGCCAUUGAGAAAGAAAAAGGACUUAAUGAGAGUCACAAAGAGGAAGCUGAAUCUCAAGUGCUCAAGUUCCGAGUCACAUGCAACCGGGCAGGAGAAAAUCAUAGCUUUACUUCCAAUGAAGCAGCAAGAGAUUUUGGGGGAGCCGUUCAGGACUAUUUCAAAUGGAAGGCUGACAUGACCAACUUUGAUGUAGAGGUUCUCUUGAAUGUCCAUAAUAAUGAAAUAGUUGUGGGCAUUGCAUUGACAGAAGAGAGUCUCCAUCGAAGAAACAUUACACAUUUUGGUCCUACAACUCUACGAUCCACUCUUGCUUAUGGCAUGCUCAGGCUUUGUUCUCCUCAGCCUACUGACAUAAUAAUAGAUCCCAUGUGUGGAACAGGUGCCAUACCAAUAGAGGGGGCUGCUGAAUGGCCUAACUGUUACCAUAUUGCUGGUGAUAACAACCCCCUAGCUGUGAAAAGAGCAGCAAAUAACAUCUUGUCAUUGCUGACAAAGAGCCAAGUUAAAGAAAGCAAAGCAUUCUGGGGCCUCCCCAUAGAUGCUAUUCAGUGGGAUAUCUGCAACCUGCCUUUGAGGACUGGUUCUGUGGAUAUUAUUGUCACAGAUAUGCCAUUUGGAAAGAGGAUAGGAUCUAAGAAAAGAAACUGGAAUCUCUAUCCAUCUUGUCUCCAAGAGAUGAGCCGGGUCUGUAGACCUGGAACAGGCCGAGCUGUGCUACUUACUCAGGACAGGAAAUGCUUUGCCAAGGCAUUAUCCAGUAUGGGGCAUGUAUGGCGGAAGGUGCAUACAGUCUGGGUGAACAUAGGGGGUCUUCACGCUGCAGUUUAUCUCCUCAAACGUACUACUCAAGUGUUCAUUCAUCCUGCAGAACUGCAGCAUGACAGAGAGAUGCCUUGAGGAUAUAGAAGAUGAAAAAUUGGCUUUUCUUCAUGUCUUUGGAAAUUUCAUGUGACUCCCACCACUGAAAAUGUCUGAGGCAGCAUGAGAAAUGGAUCUAAAACACAGAGGAAUAGUAACAGAAGGCUAGUUUGGCCCUGCAUCCAAACUGAUCUGAACAUAACUCAUUUAACAGGAAUAGCAUAGAUGAAUAUUCUGGUAGAGAAGGCAUCCCCUACAGCUCAGAAGGGGCUUGUUCCCUUGGGUAAACCUUAAAAGUUUCAUUUCCCCAAUGAACCAAGGAAUAGCUGUAUAACUUAUAUUUCUCCAAGUGGCUUUAAAAUAUUUCAAAAUUGCUUAAAUGCCUUUCUCUGUAUAUAGAGCAUUUUAUGUUUUAGAUCUGUGCCUCCACAGGACAGGUUUUCCAUUGAGGUUCUUGGAAGAUAUCUUGGCCAUAGUGAAAGUUAAAGGACAUGUUGGAGUGCCUCAGAUUAUAUUUCAGUUAAGAAAUAGCCUUACUUUAAGUGACACACUCAUUAUUUCUUAUUACCUCAAUUAGACAUCAGUUCAUUUUCAGAUAAUAUGCACAUGCUACCCUAGGAAAAAAAUACAAAAGUCACAGGAUAUUUAGGGAAAGUUGCCAUUUGCCUUACAAGAUGAAGUGUGUGUAACUAACUACACUGCUAACCUGAGUAAUUUCAAAGAUAGUUUUGAAAAGGUGGUGAUUAUCUUAAGCUAAAUUAUUUCAAUUUUAUAACAGGAAUGCAUUUUAAUAGAUGAGUAAGUCAUGGGGCAAGGUCAAAUAACAUAAUAAGCUUGUUUUAAGUAACUUUGUAUUUGAGCUAUACAGAUACCAAAGUUGAUAGGGAAAGCAAAUAUAUAUUGUCAGAUUCUGACUCCAGAAAAUUUUUUUUUUUUGGUCACUUUAAGGGAAAAAAGUAAUACUAUAUAAUAACAUUGUGUUUGGAUAAAAGCUUUAAUUUGGGGGUCUUUUGUUGCCUUUUCUCCAUAAUUCAGCAGUAUUUAUAUAGGCAUUACUGCAUACUACACAAAUCUGUACAACUGAUUGCCUUCCACUCAUUGGAUGGGGUAUCUUUCCUAUGGACCAUACAUUUGGUCUAGAAAAGGAAAGGUUGGUGUAAAUUGAUUUAUGUUUAAACUUGUUUCCAGUUUCCAGAUGCUUUCAACUUGAUCUCUUAGUGCCAUGUUACUGUAAUAAAGUUUUACUUAACUGAUUUUGAUGUCUCACAUUUAGGAGGGAAAAAACCCCUACAGCAUUUCAUGCUUUUAGAUAAAUCAUGUGAGCCAUAUGGCAGAUGAUUC